AUGGCUUCCCCCCAAGAUGCCCCCGCCACGGCCGACUAUAUUAUCGUCGGCGGCGGGACGUCAGGUCUGGUUGUCGCGAACCGCUUGACAGAGGACCCCAACGUCCAUGUUAUCGUUCUCGAGGCCGGCCUGAACAACGCCGAGGACCCUCGAGUCAAUAUCCCCGCCCUGUGGACGACCCUCAUGGGCUCCGAGGCCGAUUGGCAGUACAAGUCGGUUGACCAGCCAGGUUUGGGCGGUCGAUCAGUCAAAGAGCCACAAGGCAAGAUCUUCGGUGGAUCGUCUGCUAUCAACGGCCAAGCAUUCAUCGCGCCCUCCCAACGCGAUAUCGAUGCGUGGGCUAAGUUUGGAACCGUCGGCUGGGAUUGGGCUGGCCUCGCCCCGUACUACAAGAAGUCCUAUACGCUCACCCCGCCUGCCGAUCAGGCAACUCUCGACCACCUCGGUAUCAACUGGAUCAACGAAGAUUACCGCGGAACCUCGGGGCCUAUCCAGGUCUCUUUUCCCGGAGUCAUUCAAAACCCACUAUGUAAGGCUUGGAUCGAUGCCUUCGAUGGGUUGAACAAAGUAACUACGGGCGAUCCUUUCUCCGGUAACUCCGUCGGUGGAUAUAGCAAUGCUGCGACCGUCGACCCUGUCAACAAAGUUCGGAGUUACGCCGGGUCUGCGUACGGUAUCCCAGCUCUUCAGCGACCCAACUUCCACCUCGUCACCUCAGCGACCGCUCAUAAGAUCUUGUUUGAGACGACGGGUAGUGGUGUUACCGCAACCGGCGUGCAGGUUUCUGUCCAAGGCCAGUUGAAGACGUUUAAUGCUCAAAAGGAGGUUAUUCUCGCAGCUGGCGUCUUUAACACCCCUAAGCUGCUCGAGUUAUCCGGCGUCGGCAAUGAGGAGCUACUCAAGAAACAUGGGAUACCGAUUGUUAUCAACAGUCCUGGCGUCGGAGAGAAUUUGCAGGAUCACUUGAUGACCGGUGUCAGCUUCGAGGUUGUCGACGGAGUUAUGACUGGCGACCCUUUGAUGCGCCAGGAGCCCGAGGCUCUGCAAAUGGCCCAGAGUUUGUACGUUGAGCAUAAAGCCGGCCCUUUUACCAUCGGCGGCAUGCAAUCCCACGCUUUUAUGCCCGUUUUAGAUUUUGCCGACGCAGAGGGUCGAAAACACCAGGCGGAAUUACUCGAAAAGUAUCCUCCCAAACCAGAGGAUGAAGAAUACUACAAUAUUGUGCGCUCUAUUAUCGAAACUCCGGACGAGUGCUCAGCGGCUUGGUUGAUGUUCCUUGCCCAAGCAAACCUGCACGAGGCGGGCAAGAGCUUUGUGGGCUCAGAGCUCCAGGCGGAGAACUUUGCUAGUCUCGGGUGUUCUCAAUCCCAUCCUUUCUCUCGCGGAGCUACUCAUAUAUCCUCGGCAGAUAUUGAUGCCAUUCCCGAUAUCGACCCACGCUAUUUCUCGCACCCAGCCGAUCUCGAAAUUAUGGCGCGCCACGUUCAGUCGCUCGAGACGCUGCGCCAAACCAAGGAGCUUGCGCCUUUCUUUAAGCCCGACGGGAAACGUAACCAUCCAGAUUCGUUCCACAUCAAAGAUCUAGAGGGCGCCAAGAAAUACGUCCUCGACACCGCACUUACAACAUAUCACACCUGUGGCACUGCUGCAAUGCUACCAAAGCAGAAGGGAGGUGUCGUGGAUGAGAAGCUAGUCGUAUAUGGUACGAACAACUUGCGCAUUGUUGACGCGAGUAUUUUCCCCCUCAUUCCUCGUGGCAACAUCUUGUCUACAGUUUAUGCCGUGGCAGAGAAGGCUGCAGAUGUUAUCAAGGGUCUUUGA